AAAAGAGAAGCGUGGACACACAGCAGGUACACAGGAACCUGCAGAGGUCUAGAAGAGGUCAGAAGAAACAAGAAAAUGAAGGUCUUUGCUUUUGCUCUCCUGCUCCUGGUGGCCGUCAUCUACGGUGACGCCCUGCAGUGCCAGAACUGUGUCCACGAGACACCUGCCAACAGCACCUGUGUGGAGACGGUGGAGACCUGUCCUCCUGAGUUGGACACCUGCGCCAAGAUUACCUACCCCGCACCUUACGAAAACACCUUCCACAAGUCCUGCUUCGAGAUGACGGAGUGCCUGAAGCUUAUUGUCACCCAGGGCCUGCAGGUGACCUGCUGCAACUGGGAUGGCUGCAACAAAUAAAGGGUUUCCGUUGGCCUCUUGAGGUGCUGAGCUGCAGUUUGUGUGUAAAAGUCUCUGAAAUCAUAAUAAAAAGACAUGAAAUAAA